CUCUGUCUUCAGCAAGGGAAGGAGAGCUCUCUUGCUCCCAUCUGUGUGUCUAAAAGCCAACUUCGGCGUUGCCGUAUUUUGAAAUGGGCCAAAAUGUGCCUCAAAAAUAAAAUCCAAGCUUUAAUCGCAGCUAAAUUACUUGGCAGCCUUUCCUCUGAUUUAUGACCCAGUUUGGAUGCAUAUUGACCCAGUUAAAACACUCAUAAAUAAUACAGUGCUGCUCUAGAGUAAAAGAAAGCAAGUAGAGUUCUGGAGGAAAGGGGGAUUUCGGAGAGUUGUGUAAAUAACUUCAGUCUGUUGAGCAAAUAGCAAAGAGUGCGUUGCCUCUCUAGUGUUAGAAAAUAUAAACAACAAUUUAGAUUGACCACGGCUUGCUUCGAUUGUCCAGUCCUUCUCUAAUUCAGCUGAUAUCCCCUUCUAACUCUCUAACGACUUGGACAAGCACCACUUCCAGGACUGGCCCCCUUCUCCCUCAACUCCCUGCCUUGCUAUUUCAUCUCUGAGAGAUCCCCCAGAAGCAGCCCUGAAUUAUGGUGCUGCCUGCUUCCAUUUCGGGGCAUCCAAGGACAAGGCGCUUUACAGGCAUUAUUUUAUUCGGAAAAUAGUAAUUCGGGGGAGGUGGGGGGAGGGAGGGGAGGGAGUGCCACAGAGUGGGACUCUACGGGGAGAAAAGGCAGGUCAUUUCUGACUCAGAAAUCAGCCCCAAACACUGCCCGUCCCCCCCCGAGCUGAGCCCUAUCUCUCUCCGUGGAAUGGAGCAGAAAGAAAAUAUUCGGCCUCUGGGAGGGAAAGGCAGAUAAAAGCAGCGGGGAUCUGUGCGUUGGGACACUUAUCCCGACAUCAUAGGAGACAUAAAAAAAAAAUAAUCAUCUUCUCAUGUUUAAAAUUACCUCUUUGGGGAGAGGGGGGGCGUGGGGAAAUAGGACUAAUUGGAAAAAUCUCAUAAAAUACUUUUUGCAGGCAGUAAGAUGAAUGGAAGAAACGCUUCCUUAUUCCUAUGAACCACUUCGGUUCUCACGAUUAAAGUCCUUACAUAUCCUUCCAUUUAAAAAAGAGAAACUCCUCCCGCUUCCCUUUCCCCGUUCUUAAAUACAGACAUUUAGUCAGAAAAUCCCGCUGGAGAUGGCUCCCAAGUCGAAACGCGCUCUUAGGAAUAGCUCCCCCGGCUUUCGGCGGGGCCCCCCAAACCGGCAGGCUCCCCGGUGUCCGCAGGUUUCGGCAGUCCCCGUCUUUUCUCUCCCUGUCCAAGUCCUCCUCGCCAGUCCGGGGGGCUCCGUCGGGGCGCAGCGCUGCCUCUCAGUAUUUGGCCGGGCAAGUGGGCGAAUGGCAGAUCAGCAGUUUCAGAAGAAAGUGUGGGGUUGAUUAUUGACUAAAAAGACUUUUUUUUUUUUUUUUUUUUCUUCUUCCAAAGCAACAUUCACAGGAUUGUUUGAAGCAAAACGCAUACGAAGGAUUUUUGCCUCUUCUCUCCUCCUACGCUGGCCGCUUCCCCUUUCAUGUGGUGCCUUCUCACUUAUGCCAUAAGGAGCAAGUGUUUUCUGUUUUAGUGCUCUGUUUACAGCUUUGGUGCACGAAGUCAUAAAUCUUGCAUAGCCAUAAAUGACAAAAACCAUUGGUAUGCGUAAGAGGCCACCCCAGCCUUAUAGUGUUUUUUAUUUCUCGCUUCCCCCUCGCUUUGUUUGUGUUUAAAGAUGACGCUGGGUUCCCUCGUGCUUUAAACGGACUAGUUAUAUUUAUAAUGCCUUAAUUAACGAAGUAACGUCAAAUUUACACCUAGAUUUUAUUCGCAGGCUCCGCUUAAUGCUCGGAGCCCAGAGCCCCGUUACCGUCUGCCAGGCGGGCAGGAUCCGCAACUUAGUUUAAGUUCUCGUUUGCGCGGUCGCUGCCGUAUUUCUGGUGCAGGAAACUGGGGGGACACCGCCGUCCCCAAACCCCGUGGCGCUGUGGAAAGAGGCCAGCGCCUCCCUCAGCUGCGCCGCGGAAAGAAGGCGAAGGCGAGCCGUGAGGCGCCGGGCCCGCGUCCACGCGAGGCUCCCACCCACGCGUCCCCACGGGGUGCUGCGGGCACCCCGACCCGUCUGUGCAGCACAUGUGCGUGCGUGAGCGCCUCUGUGCCCGUCCCGGGCGCUGGGGAGAUUUGAGGGGGGCAGGGGGGUGUCUGUGUGUACAUCUGUGUGUGUGUGCGCUCACGCAUGCAUGAGUUAAUAAUUAGUAACUCUAAUGAUUUCCAGCGUGGCUCUGAAAGCAUUGCCCAGAGCGGGGAUCCUGGUGGGCUUCGGUUGGCUCUCCGGACCCAGCCCCGGCUCUCCGGGCUUUGCUCCCCUCCGCGGGACUCAGCCGGGGCUGUGCGGGGCUCCCGGCCGUGGGGAGCGGCGGAGGGGCUAUUCUGCAGCUGCCCCCCAAGCCCACCGACGGCCGAAGCUCCAAUAAUAUUUUGCCUUCCAAGUAAAGUUGCCUAUUGUCUGCAGGCCGGCAGCUACGGGAGCAGAGCACCCCGCAUCCUCGCUCCGCGCUGCCCGUCCUGCCAGCGCCACAAAACUUCGCAGCGGCCGAAGGAAGGUGAAAUAUUGGGUGUCGCGGUCAUGAAAGGCGGGUGCCUUUGUGAAAUCACCGCUGGCUGAUUGUUUCCUCCUUCUCCUCUGGUAGGAUCUGGCUGAUUCCACGAAAAGUUAGUGUCUUGAAAAUAACUGCUGAAAAAAACAAACCAACGACCGCCCCUGCUGGCCUCUCUGGAGGGGCUUUGAGCGGCGCCGGGCGCAGUUGAGGCCCGACCCACUCGCGAGUGGGAGGCAGGCUCGGGGGCUCCGUGGAACGGCCCCGGCCGCGCUCCAGGACCGAGAGGGAGCCGCUGCGGGCGGCAGGCGGGGCUCGCCCGGGCAGAAACCGCUGCUGCCAGGGUCUGCCCGGAGAGGCCAUUGGAGGAAGAGCGCCACGUGACAGAGGGGUGCCAAUGUUAUUCUCCAAGGGUGUCAAGACCCUGUCAGUUUGCGAAAUAAAUAUUGGGAAACAACGAAAUGCAAAAAGCGACCUACUACGACAGCUCUGCAAUCUAUGGUGCCUACCCCUACCAAGGAGCAAAUGGUUUCACUUAUAAUGCGAGUCAGCAGCAAUAUCCUCCAUCUUCAUCACUUGUGGAAACUGAGUACCACCGCCCUGCGUGCUCCCUCCAGUCCCCUGGCAGCUCUGUGUCCCACCACAAGGCCAAUGACAUCAGUGAGAGUUGCAUGAGGACCCUCCCCAGCCAGACUCUCCAGCCCCCCAGCCUCGCUGACCCACAGGCUCCACCGCAGCCGCCUCCAGCUCAGCAGUCACAACCUCCACCUCCGACCUCCACCUCACCAUCUCAAAAUGCCAGCAGCAACCCUGCCCCGGCCAACCCCACCAAGAGCCCAGCUCUUAACUCACCCACCGUGUCCAAACAAAUAUUCCCAUGGAUGAAAGAGUCUCGGCAAAACACAAAGCAGAAAAACAGCAGUUCCAGUUCAGGUGAGAGUUGUGCUGGUGAUAAAAGCCCUCCAGGGCAAGCAUCCUCUAAGCGAGCCCGUACAGCUUACACAAGUGCCCAGCUGGUAGAACUGGAAAAGGAGUUCCACUUCAAUAGGUACCUUUGCAGGCCACGAAGGGUAGAAAUGGCUAAUUUGCUCAAUCUCACAGAAAGACAGAUCAAAAUCUGGUUUCAAAACCGCAGAAUGAAAUACAAAAAGGAUCAAAAGGGAAAGGGUAUGAUGACCUCUUCAGGAGGACAGUCCCCAAGCAGAAGCCCCGUCCCUCCAGCUGCUGGGGGAUAUCUAAACUCUAUGCAUUCUUUAGUAAACAGUGUCCCCUACGAACCCCAGUCGCCUCCGCCGUUUAACAAGCCUCAUCAAAACACCUAUGGCAUCCCUGCAUCGUAUACUGCUCCUCUUAAUAAUUGCCCACCUCCUCAAAAGAGAUACACGGGGACAGCAGCUGUGACACCCGAAUAUGAUACUCAUCCUCUUCAAGGCAACGGUUAUGGGAAUCCACAUAUACAGGGAAGCCCCGUCUAUGUAGGGGGCAACUACGUGGAGACCAUGACCAAUUCUGGGCCUUCCAUCUUUGGUCUAACUCAUCUCCCUCAUCCUCCCUCUGCCAACAUGGACUACAGCGGGGCUGGGCCAAUGGCCAACAAUCACCACCAUGGACCUUGUGAUCCACAUCCAACAUACACAGACCUUACCGCUCACCAUCCUUCUCAGGGAAGAAUUCAGGAAGCGCCCAAACUCACUCAUCUGUAAGAGACGGGAGUCACUAAGAGGAACAGCAAGCCCCCAAGUUUUGGAAAGUACUCAUCCCUUCCCUUCUCUCUCCUCCCCCCGACAUGUGCCCUCCCCUUCCCUUCUCGUUUCUUUUGUUCGUUUUGGUUUGUUUUGUUUCCUUUCGUAAAAGCGUUUUCUAGUUUAUGUGACGUAGCAAUAUUUGUUGCUUGAAUUGCUCUAUAGUUUCACUAGUGGAUAUUUAUCUUCUUGAACUGUAGCCUUGUGUCUCACUUUGGGAGUAUGCAGAGGCUUUAUACUUUACCUUCUACACUUUUAUCAAAACAGGGUAUAUGAACAAAUUUUCUAUAAAAGGAAUUCUUAAAUGUGAAUUUGUUCGUACAUGAUUGAUCCCACGGGGAAGCAAUUUUUUUUAUUGCACUUCUUUUAAAGAGCAAGAAAGACAUCAAAAGCGCUUGGACAGGGACUUCCUGGACAAUUAUUGAUACGUGUAAGUCUUUCAAUGUGUGUAUGCUGGUGAACAUUCAGAUUUAUUUAUAUUUUUUUUUCGCAAACAUUGAAUAAUCUAAGUGUUUAAAAUUUUAUUUAUCCCCAUUUGUUCAUAUUUAUAUAUAUAUAAAAAAAUCUGUACCCUGAAUAUUCAGGAGGCCAUAUAUUAGAUGGCAUAUCGGCACGUGUUAGAAAUAUCAUUUGAAAGGAAACUAUUAACUCCUUUUAUUAAAAAUAGUGAUAAUAACGAUGAUGACGAUGCAAUAAAACCUGGGAAAAAAGAUCGCGGUUUCAAUACUUGAUGCUUGUAACAUCCAGCUAGGCAAAAAGUGUGUGAAGCUGAAAAGGCUAGAUUUGUUUUGAAAGUUAUACAUUCCUUGCUGCUCACGUUCUGGAAAAAAAAAAUAAAGUUUUUAUUCUGAAUAAUAAAGAGUUAAGGACAUGUUCUUCGCAGCGCAGGGGAAUGGAGAGCCCUUCAUGACGUGGGGAGCUGGGAAACUCGUCUGUAAAUUUACACGAGGGUCUGCUCACCCGAAGGGCCCUGCGAUGUUUUUUCAGCAUUUCAUAGGCAGGGAGAGAGAUUUUUCUUUCUCUCUCUCGUUUGUUUGUUUGUUUUUU